AUGCAAUCACAUUAUUCACUCCAUUCGUUUCCGAAACCACUCCCAAUCGCAUCCUCCUCUUCUUUCAUCUUUCGUUCCAACACCAUCUUCACUCUCCAAUCUUCAUCUUUCGCCACUUCAAUUCUCUCUUCUCCUCCUCUUCGCCGCAAUCUCAAUCUACCACCACCACGCAUUCAAAGGGACACCGAGGGAUUCGCGACUUCUUCUUCUAAUGAUUCUACUGCUGGAAAUUCCGAUUGUGGAUGUCACUUGGCAACAUCGAUUGUUUCUUCCGAUGGUGAUAAUGGAUCUAUUCAAAUUGUGAAGUUUAUGCUGUUCUUUGCGUUCCUCACACUUCGAGAUUCUUAUCCUGCUUCUGCUACUGGUUUGAAUUCAAUUCCUGUAUUUGGAGAUGUCGGUGACUUGAGCACAGGUUUUGCUUCAGCUUUUCUGCUGAUAUUUUUCUCUGAACUGGGAGACAAGACAUUUUUCAUUGCAGCACUGUUAGCAGCUAGGAAUUCAGCUGGUGUUGUUUUCAUCGGGACAUUUGGUGCACUUGCGGCAAUGACUGUCAUAUCUGUCGCUCUUGGACGAACUUUUCAUUAUGUUGAUGAACUCCUUCCAUUCAGGUUUGGACAAACUGAUUUACCUAUUGAUGAUAUUGCUGCUGUUUGCCUAUUGGUGUACUUUGGGGUCUCUACCCUGCUGGAUGCUUCGUCUAGUGAUAGUCAAAAAUCAGAUGACGAACAGAAGGAGGCAGAGUUGGCAGUUUCUGAAUUUUCUGGAAAUGGUGCUGGGAUAGUAGCUGCUGCUAGCACAAUUGCCAGCACUUUUCUCUUAGUAUUUGUUGCUGAGUGGGGUGAUAAAUCAUUUUUCUCUACAAUUGCCCUUGCAGCAGCUUCUUCACCCCUGGGAGUCAUAGCUGGAUCACUGGCCGGUCAUGGUGUUGCAACUUUGAUAGCCGUACUUGGUGGCACUUUACUGGGGACAUUUUUGUCGGAGAAGGUUAUUGCCUACAUUGGAGGUGUUCUCUUUCUCGUUUUUGCUGCAGUAACCGUGUUUGAAAUUGUACAAUAG